AUGCUCAUUAGGAACUCAGCCCAGAGUUUUAGAGACUUUGUCACGACCGCAGUGGUCAUCGACGUGACAUUCCUGCCUACAGAGCCAAGAACUACGGCUGAUACGUCAAUGUGCAUCUUGGAUGGGAUCCCAACUCUUUGCUCUACAAACAAUCCAUCCAGCACGUCUCCUACCAUUACUUUGGUAUCUAGCACAACUUCCGCAUCCACAUCGACCUCGCAUAGCGGAUAUGUCACGACAUCAAGUAAUUCAUCCACAUCAUGGCAACACCUUUGGUACAGCCCGACGAGUACAGUAACGCAGAGCUCUGCAUCCUCCACAGCAUCUUCGGCGUCGACUGACAACCACUCCAAUACUAGUAGUGGCAAAGCAAAAGUUAUAGCUGGCGCUACGACAGGGGCGAUAAUCGGUUUUGUUGUCGUGUUAUUGGCGCUGUACCUUCUACAUCGCAAACUUCAAUCGAGGAGGGGCUCAGAGUCAAUGAGCAAGAAAGAGAAAACCAGCCAGAUGAGCAAUUUCGGAGAAGAUAGAGAGCAAUAUAAUAAUGUCGAAGACAGUCAGCGGUCGAUGAUUCCCACCAGCACACCGUCUCUGAUCGAAGGUGGCACCAACAUCACAACGUCAUCGAUUCCAGAGGUUGCUCUUUUACAAGCUGAUAUUGAGCGGCAGCGACUGCGCUUGAUCGAGAUAGAGAGGAAUGAAGAGAGGACGGACUGGUUCCUAUAUAAUCAAGAUUUCUGCCCGAACAGGCUCUGGAAAAAUGACGACUUUGACAAGAACCUUGAGGACAUACAAAUUAUCGUAGCAUUUCGCUCUUUUUUUCCACCGAACUUCGAGCCCAAUUUGCACUCGGGAAACACCCUCUAUCGGCAUAAUAUCUGCCAGCUAUGCUCAAGGUCGACUGAGAAGCUUUCCUUUCGCUCUAUAUUGGAUGCUGUGCAUCAAGCCCGAUACGAUUAUAUUGCACAUCGAGGCAAUACAUCAUCCCGAGUUAUAGGGCGUGCGAUUAUUCCGACGAUCAUCCUGUUCACUUCCGACAUCAUAUCAACCGGUACCAGUACUAGUAUGAUCCGAAACGAGCUGAAGAAUGAGGCUGACCGGCUUCAGUAUGGCUACAAAGACGAGUGCUCCACUGACGGCUUCUUUGACGGCUUCUUUGAGGCCAGUCGCCGCUGCAUUUCCCUUGUCAGAGGGAAGUUCAGAUUCAUGGACGUCUCGUUUCAAAGAGUCAGAUGUGGCCUCAUGGGAUACAUAUGGAGACGGAAUUUUGCGCGGAGGGAGAGAGAUAGUGAGAUGGCCGUUGCAGGUGCCGUGGAUCCCUUCCAAGCUGGAUGUUAUGAGAAAGGCACGUUGCUUGCACCGCGGGUCGAAACCCGGAGCUGGAAGAACGACAGCCGUGUUCAGGCAAUCCUCGUGUUGGCGAAGCAUCCCGGGAAUCGAGAUGAAAUAUUGAGAGAGAUGUCUGCGUUGAGGGAGACUAUACAUAUAGUCCUAUCAGAGAGGGCUGAGCACGCCCAUCGCGACGUCAAUAGGACACCCAGUUACCAGUCAAACGACCGCGACGGGUCACGAUGCAGAGUGACUACGCCCAAUGCAAUUGAACGAUGA